AUAAUCACAAUCGUUCAACAAAAGAAAAGGGCCAAAUUGGCAGUGUACCCAUUUCUUCUUCCUUGUCUUCCCAUUUCUUCACAAGAGGAACCCCCCCACUCUGCCCUCAGUGCUCUGCUCUGCCCUGCCCUGCUCUCUCUCUCUCUCUCCCCCCCUCCCUCCACCACACUCUCUCUCUCUCUCUCUCACUCAUCAGCGUAGUCGUCAUCAUCCUCUGCAUCAGUCACAGAGCAACAGCAGCAGCAGCAACGAAGAAGAAGAAGUGGAAGAAGUGAGGCAGAGCAGGGCAGGGGAAAAAAAUGGAUCUUGAAGCUCCGAGCUCCAACAAUGGUGAAGAGACCGCCAACGUCAGCGCGGAGACCCACCAGUCCCUCGCAUUUGAAGAUUUCGACAGCAACUGCUCCACCCCUUACGUCAGCGCCCCUUCCAGCCCCGGCCGCGGACCUCCUUUUGGCGGCGGCGGCGGCGGCGGCUACUACUACAGCGCGCCGGCGAGCCCAAUGCACUUCGCUCUGACCUCGGGAGCCGUGAAGCUCUACUCCCAGCCCUCUUCGCCCCAUGAGAACGGCAGCAUUGCUAUGUCUUCCUCGUCCUCCUUCGAGUUCGGGCUGUUCGGCCCGUUGGGGAUGGGCCACACCGGGUCGAUGAGCUCGGCGGACGAGCUCUUCCUCGACGGCAAGAUUCGGCCCAUGAAGCUCUCCACCCACCUGGAGCGGCCGCAGGUGCUGGCCCCCUUGCCGGAUCUGGACACAGAGGACGAGGACGACCCGAAGGAGUCCGAUCCAGGGGCCAAGGGCGGCGGCCGGGGGAGGGAUCUGAGGCUGAGGGAGAAGUCCCUGAGGCGUAGGACGAGAUCCAUGUCCCCAUUCCGGAGCAUGCCCUUCGAGUGGAACGACGACGGCGACAAGACCCCGCCCCACAGGAUCGAUCAGGACCAGGUGGCCUCGAAGAUCGAAGAGGCUCUGUCGUUGGAGGCUUCGGAGAAUCGCUCCGUUGGGACUCCCUCCGUUUCGGCUUCUUCGUCAAGGUCGAGCUCCGCCGGGAGGAGCUCGAAGAGAUGGGUCUUCCUUAAGGACUUCUUGCGGAGCAAGAGCGAAGGGAGAAGCAACAACAAGUUCUGGGCCACCAUCUCUUUCUCGCCGGCGAAGGAGAAGACGAGGACCAGCACCACCUCAGCCUCCUCCGCCGCCCCGAAAGAGAAACAGCCCUCCCCGCCCGGGGCUCCCAAUCCCGACCGGCCGAAGCGGAACCCUGGUAAGAAACCCGGGAAGCCGGUAAACGGGGCGGCCGCUAAAAGGCGGGUCCCGCCCUCACCCCAUGAGCUGCAUUACACCGCGCACCGCGCACAGGCCGAGGAGCUGAGGAAGAAGACUUUCCUUCCAUACCGGCAGGGCCUCCUCGGGUGCCUCGGGUUCAGCUCAAAGGGCUACGGGGCGAUGAACGGGUUCGCCCGGGCCCUCAACCCGGUCUCAUCGAGGUAAAAACGCCAUGUCCGGGCUGUUCUUGGCGGGUCAGAUUAGAAGGAAGGAAAUAAUGAAAACUGUAUAGAUCUAUUUUGGUUGACUUUCUUAAGUAAAUCAGAUAAAAAUUUUUGUUGGUUUGACUAUGAUCAUCAAUGCAUCAUCAUCAGCACGAUCACCAUCACUACCUUCUAUGUAAUUUUACAUGUAUCUUCAGAAAGAUCUUCUCAUUUGUGUUUAUUGGAGAAGAUUUGAUAUGCCUCUAAUUAAUUGUGAUGGGCUUAUGCUAGAAAUUCCCGAUCUUCUAUUUACUGAUUCAGAUAGUGGUCUGCUUUGUUGUAAAA